AUGGCUAAUAAUAUCGAUGUUGAUGAAAUAGCCCAUGCCCUUGCUGGUGCUGGAGGUGGUGCAUUGUCCAUGUUAGUUACAUAUCCAUUGGUGACAUUAUCUACUUUGGCUCAAACCAAACAAAAGAGACAACAACAAAGAGAAAAAGAUAAGGCAGCAGGAAAGAAAGUAGAAGAUGUCGAUACAAGGGAUGAAGAAAGUAUUGUGAAGUUCGUUCAAAAGAAUGGUGUACUUAAGUUAUAUUCAGGUUUAGAAAGUGCACUUUAUGGAAUCACCUUGACAAAUUUUGUUUAUUAUUACUUUUAUGAAUGGAGUUCAAACAUAGUAAUCAGUCGUCGUCCUAAGAAUUCGAAACAACGAGGACUUACAGCCAUUCAAUCGAUAUUUGUGGGAGCCGUUGCUGGAAUUGUAACAUGUGUUAGUUCAAAUCCAUUUUGGGUUGCCAAUACAAGAAUGAUGACUGAUAAACAAGAUAAAAAGUCUUCUGCUUUAGCUACCAUAUUAAGUAUCAUUGAGAAUGAAGGAGUUGGAACUUUGUUUGCCGGUGUAUUUCCUGCUUUAGUAUUAGUGAUUAAUCCAAUCAUUCAAUAUACUAUUUUUGAACAAAUUAAGAAUAGAAUUAUUAGUAGAGGAAAUAAAUUCACUGCCAUUCAAGCAUUUUUCAUUGGGGCUUUUGGAAAAUUAAUUGCAACCUCAUUGACUUAUCCAUAUAUUACUUUGAAAUCGAGAAUGCAUAUUAAAAAGAAGGAAGAAUCAGAAAAUGAAGAAAAGGAAGCCUCUAUGGUUCAACAAAUUUUAACUAUUGUUAAAGAAGAAGGCAUUGAAGGCUUAUAUGGAGGUUUAACAAUUAAAUUGAUUCAAUCCAUUAGUACAGCCGCAUUCUUGUUUUAUUUUAAGGAAGAAUUAUUGACUGGAAGUGUCAGAUUAGUUGAAAUAUUUAAAUUAUUAAGUUUAAAAAAGCCUAGCAAGUAA